ACUUCCAACCCUUAGAACAACGUCUAAUCAAGAAUCAAUCUAGCUGGGUUGUCAAUAAUCAGUUAAUCGGUAGCCUUAGUACGGAACGGUUCUAGAGAAGACAUGUUCAGUCGGUUAGCAGCUGUGUUGUGUGUCUUAUGGGGUGUGGCCCAAGGAUUUAAUAAUUCGUUGCCUUUUUCUGUUGAGGAGGAGGACGCUCUGUUGACUGUGCCACAACUGAUUCGGAAGUACGGCUACGAAGUGGAAGAGUAUGAAGUUCCCACCGAAGAUGGUUACCUGCUGUCGAUGUACAGAAUUCCAGGUCAAAAGGGAGCACGGGAGUUUCCAGUUCUCAUGAUGCACUCGUUGUUCAGCAGCUGCUCAGAUUGGGUCCUGAUCGGUCGGAAACAUGGAUUGGCAUACCUGUUGGCCGAUCGUGGCUACGACAUCUGGAUGGGAAACGCUCGGGGUAAUCGUUACUCAAGAAAACACCAACGACUUUCAGUGACUUCACAUCAAUUUUGGGACUUCACAUUCCACGAGAUUGGCUAUUACGAUGUUACGGCGUUGAUUGACUUCGUUCUUGACCGAACGGGAGCUCAACGGCUUCACUACAUUGGCUUCUCACAAGGUGCGAUGACCAGCUUCGUAGCAUUAAGCAGUCGACCGGAGUACAACGAAAAGAUUGUUCAACUGCACGCUUUAUCUCCGGCCGUUUACAUGUACCGUAGUGGGAGUGCAAUAAUACGCUUGUUGACAUCGCUGCUCUCUCCGCUUUCUAUUACUUUCAAGUCCGUUGGAAUAAAUGAAUUCUUACCGCACUUGGAGCAGCAGUACUAUUUGUUCCGAUGGCUGUGCCCUACUCCGGGACAGAACUUUUGCCGAGCUGUGGUCCACGAUGUGGCAGGUCCCAAUCCAACUCAACUGAAUGCCAAAAUGCUUCGGAUCUUCCUAGGCCACUUCCCAGCGGGCGCUUCGACCAAACAAGUGCGUCACUACGCCCAGAUUAUCAACGAUGGAAUCUUUAGGCAGUUCGAUUACAAUGAUAUCAGGCAGAACCGGGAAGCUUACGGAACCAGAAUCGUCCCAAGGUACAACCUAUCACAGGUGACGGUCCAAGUGAGAACCUACUUCGGCUAUAACGACAACACGGUCGUCUACCAGAAUGUACUGCAGCUUGAAAGCGAACUACCAAACGUGGUUGGGAGCUAUCCGGUACCGGAUAAGCGAUUCAGUCACGUAGAUUUUAUACUAGCCAACAAUGUCAGGGAAAUCCUCUACAGGGAGAUUAUCAACAACGUCGAACAAACCGAUCGGAAGAGUUAG